GAUACAAAUUAUUUUACAUAUACAGAUAAUGCGUGGUUAUUAGUGUUUUGUUUAUUUAUUUAACCCAGUGCAAAUUAUUUACAACAUAGUAGCAAAACGUAAAGAAAAUCCAUAAUUUUCUAGAAAACUGCUCUUCGCGAAUGUUCGGUAACAACCAAAAACGCCGCAUCUUUCUCGAAUUUCUGGAGUGCGCACUGCCAUCUAGAACAUUCCACGCAACUAUCUAUAUAAGCGCGCGAGCGCUCACACCAUUCAGAUUGAAUUCGAAGUGCGAUACAGCGAAGUGAACGAAGAGUUCCCAAGUGAUUCAAAGCGAUUUUCUCAUUCCAGUGUUCAUAACCAGUAAAAAUGGCUUUGUUGUCAUUUAUCAGAGACCCUCUGGACUGCUUCCGUCCAUCUCUUCUCCUGGAUCAACACUUCGGGAUGGGCCUCGACGAUGAAGACUUCCUUCAGCCGUGCAUUCCUCGCAAGGUUCGGCGAAUGAUGCUCACUUCUCCCUAUGCUCGUCCCUGGCGCUCGCAAGCAUCCAAGAGGGAUAAAGGAUCUACGUUGUCGGUAGAUAAGGACAAAUUCCAGGUCAGUCUCGACGUGCAACAGUUCACCCCGGAAGAAAUCACAGUGAAGGCAUCCGAGAAUACCAUUACCAUCGAAGGGAAACAUGAAGAAAAGGAAGAUGAGCAUGGAUUCAUUUCAAGGCAUUUUGUUCGAAAAUAUAAAUUGCCAGAAGGGCACGAUAUUAGUCAAGUGAAGUCGAAAUUGUCAACGGAUGGGGUGCUGACUAUCACCGCACCCAAGAGUCAAGAAAAAGUCAAAGAACGAGAAAUUCCUAUCUCUUUCACGGGUCAGCCGUCGCAGAUUGAAGCCACUCCGACGAUUGAAGUUGGGGCCGAUGAUAAGAAACCGGAGGAAAAAAAGGAAACAAGAAAGAGGAAAUAAAUUAUUAACUUGAAUUUAUUUAAUUCACCUAGUUGUAGUAGUACAAAGUCAGUAUUAAUGUAAUGAGUUUUGUUUGAAUAAGUAAAAUGUAAUAUUAUUUUGUAUGCUCCUAUUUUCUUAAUAAAACGUUUUUAGCGAAA